GCGCUCUCGGGUUUAUUUCGGGAGCUCUGCAUUGGCUGUGCUGCUGAUGGCGUUUUCUUACCCCGGGGCUCGGGUUCCACGCCAGGACCCCCUCCCCCAUGCUGUCAUCGGUGCCCAGCUCCGGGCCACCGUCGUUCCUGCCCCCUCCGCUCAGACAGCCGGGCGCGCGGACUGCACUUGUUGGCAAAGGCGCCUCGGACUUGGGUAACCCGACUCUGGAAACCUGGCUGUUCGCUGGACGCUUGGAUCUCCAGCACCUGCUCUGGGGCUGAGGCUAGGGCCCGUCACCCGGGUACUGGCGCCGCAAUUUCUGCCUCUCAAAAGAAGGGAGCUUCUCGCGCGCUCUCUCGCUCUCUCUGCGACCCGCGCUCUUCGCCCCAGGCUCUGGGUUCCCAGGACAGAGCUUUGACUCCAGCUGCGAGCGCUGCUCCCGUCCGCGAUGAACAGUAAUAUCCUGGCGACCUCUGUGCUGGCAUCAGAGCUCUGAGAUCUCUGCAAAGAGUGCCUCUGUCCUGUGGGACAAGUUCUCGAUGAAGUACUUGGUCUGCCCUUGGCUUGUUCGCUCGGGUUUCCCAGACCUCAGAGCUUGGGGAAGGAACUGAGGACCAAGGCAUCCUCCAAAGACCUCCAGUCUCGCUUUCGAGCAUCUGGAUGCCAUUCCUGGGCCCUCUGCAGGCCUGGGCUCACGCGUGGGGAUUGACAUAUUAAUUAAGCUGUACUCUUGCCCCAGGAGGUCACAGCGCACCAAUGGAGGCUCUGGAGAUGGUGGAUGCCCAGCCCAAGCCUCAGAACGCUGUCACCAUCGCUGUGUCCUCCCGGGCCUUGUUCCGCAUGGAUGAGGAGCAGAGGAUCUUCACGGAGCGGGGUGUGGAGGAGUAUGUGCGCUACCAGCUGCAGCACGAGAAUGAGCCUUUCAGCCCCGGGCCAGCCUUCCCCUUUGUGAAGGCUCUGGAGGCUGUGAAUCAGCGGCUCCGGGAGCUGUACCCCGAUAGUGAAGACGUCUUCGACAUCGUCCUCAUGACCAACAACCAUGCUCAAGUGGGAGUCCGCCUCAUCAACAGCAUCAACCACUACGAUCUGUUCAUUGAGAGGUUCUGCAUGACAGGUGGGAACAGCCCCAUCUGCUACCUCAAGGCCUAUCACGCCAACCUCUACUUGUCAGCUGAUGCAGAAAAAGUGCAAGAAGCUAUUGAUGCAGGGAUCGCAGCUGCCACCAUCUUCAGCCCCAGCAAGAAUGUGGUUGUGUCUCAGACGCAGCUGCGCGUGGCCUUCGAUGGAGAUGCUGUACUCUUCUCCGAUGAGUCAGAGCGCAUCUUCAAGGCUCAGGGGCUGCAUGGGUUCUUCGAGCACGAGAAGGCUCAUGAGAACAAACCCUUGGCCAAGGGCCCAUUGAAGGGCUUUCUGGAGGCCCUGGGUAGACUGCAGAAGAAGUUCUACGCCAAGGGCCUGCGGCUGGAGUGCCCAAUUCGCACCUACUUAGUGACGGCGCGCAGUGCAGCCAGUUCCGGGGCCCGAGCCCUCAAGACCUUGCGCAGCUGGGGCCUGGAGACAGAUGAGGCCUUGUUCCUAGCCGGAGCACCCAAAGGUCCCGUCCUUGAGAAGAUCCGCCCACACAUCUUCUUUGAUGACCAGAUGUUCCACGUGGCCGGAGCUCAGGAGAUGGGCACGGUAGCCGCGCACGUGCCUUACGGUGUGGCACAGACACCCCGGCGAACUUCACCUGUGAAGCCAGCUCCGCCUGUACAGUAACUGAGCUGUCUGCUCCAGGUUUCUAGUCUGAUGAAGCUCCUAGUUCCCCACCAUCCUGCCCUCCUGCAUGUCUGUCCUCAUCCUUUUGAGUGGGGUGUUCAAAGGAAUUUUGAUGGGCUGGGCCAAUAUUCUCACUGUAGCUCCUUUUGGGCUCUUAUGCUAUGGUCCUGGCCAGGGCAGCAGGACAGUGCAGAGUAGCUGGAUUUCAGGGACAAGUUCCUGGGCCUCAGGGCAGUAGGGUCCAAGAAGCCAGGAUGCCUCAGAAGGAGCUUGGGAUAGAAACUAGCUCAAAGAACACUGCUGUGAGACGGGGUGACUCUAAUAUCUAACCUCUGCUCCGGCACACACAGCAUGAUUUUGGUCUUCCCAGGUUUUAGGUAGUUUUCAAACUCCCUUAGUCCAUGAGAUGUGGUUUUUACAAGACAGCCCUUUGAAGGGGGCAGUCUGUGCAGGGCUGCUGUAUGCACCUGUAUGCGGAUGACAGAAAGGCACUCUUCCAGGGGGAAGGGCAGCCUCCUUCUGGCCCAACCCAGUCCCAUGUCGGGUUACACGACUCGUUAUUAAGAUGCAGGCUGGAUUUCAGCCCCACUCACCUCUUAGCCUAGAGCCCUUCGUCAAGUGGCAAAUGCCUAUCUAUUUUACAUUUUCAAACCACAGGACAAGAUACCCUAUCUACUUCUUGUGCUGUUCAGACCUAAGCCAUCAGGAUUCAGUGGCCAGGUACAAGGUUUGCCUAAAGGAGCCAAGGGAGUGAUUUAGCCUUCAUACAAAUUCUCCUCCGGCCAGGAGGAGGCGCUGCAGACCCUUCGUAGGGAGGAGAUUUUGUGGCUGUCAGUACAGCAUUUCCUUUUGCCUCGGCUUUUAGCCAGAGUUCAGUUGUCCUGCCAGCCCACCUCCCUCUCAGCUCUGAAAGACCCAGUCAUGGCAUCCUUCUGUGCUUUUAGGCAGCUCUGCCAGGAGAGAAAGAUGGGAAAAUCUGUGGCCACAGACAUGUGGGAGGAGAAAGCCCAGUGUGUGAAAAUGGGCAGUUGUCAGGAGGCCUGAUCUGAGGCAGAAGAAACUGAGGCACUGAUGGCUCAGGCAGGAAGUUGCUGAAUGCACAGUAGCAAAAUUCUCCCACUGUGGAUGGAAUCAGAACUGCCACUGAGCUCUCGGUCACGGGGCUUCUGGGAUGAAAUACCUCCCUGAGGCAUACCAGGGACUCCUCCACUCUUGCAGGAGCACCUUCUGCCCUACUUUCCGGGGAGCAUGCUAAUGUCCUGAUAGACCAGCCUUCCCCUUUGCUGAGCAGCCCUGGCUCCUUAAGAGGAAAGGUAGAGGCAAGAUGGCAGGUCCCAUAGAAAGAUCGAGAAAGGUAGGAAGACAUCUGGGUGUGCACCAGUCGCCCAGUUCCUGCAAGCAUCCCAGCUUGCAGUGAGAACUUUGUGAAGAAAACCAAGGGCACCAUCUGAGGGGCAGGGGUCUGGAGGCAUGGGGUGAAGGGUGAUCUGGACAGCCCAGCCCUUGUCCUCCUGAGCACUCAUCCCAGAGAUGCUGUGUAACCCAAGAACAGCUGCAAGGAGAUGACAGGCAAGGAAGACAGAGAGAGAUGAGAGGACAGGGAGGGAGUUCAGUCCCAGGUCAUCUUCCUCUUACAGGCACCACACAGAAACCCUGUGUUCCCCCUGCUGCCAGGAUCACAGUUGGCCUCAAAGCCAGUGACUGCAAGCAACCUGCAAGGCCAGGCACAGCCCGAGCUCACAGAAUGGACCUGUGCACUCUGAGGGCAGUGCCAGCUGUCACCUCAUUAAAGUGAACUCCAGGGAUCCUGGGAUCUGUGAGGCCCAGCCUCCAGGGCCUAGGGAUGAACACCAUAGAGCCUUUCAGGUUGCUCGGGAAGCAGGAAAAUAAGGCGCAGUGAAGGUUGUGGAUUUCACUGGAGCCACAAUUAAUGGAAAUGGACAGCCCUGGGCAGCAGGGAGACACUAAAGGUCCAAAUUCUAUUAUGGAAACCACAGGUGAACAACUCAAGCCUGGAAAGCAGCUUUCAAACACUGGCAUAAAAGGCCAGAUGUCCUGGAGGCAGGCUUCAGAGGCAGCCAGACAGGACUUCUGGUGUCUCAAGUGCCGAAGAGAGGCCCAGUGGGCCUAGGAAAUUAAAAAGCCAUAUAAGCACCAAAGCCCCAGGCCAAGGCUCACACUGCAUCAUUGGGGCUGAGAGGCCACAGCUUCUGGAACACCAGGCCCAUUUAGCUGAAAGCACCCUGGUCCCGCAGAACACUGAUCUCAGGAAGUGUUGCUAUCAAAAUCCCAGACCCAGCAGAACUGCCAGAAGAACAGAGCCCUGCUGUUAAACACUGAGACAAUUCAGAUCAUUGCAAAACAGCCCCCGCCCUACCUGAGAGCUCAUUCAGAGCAGUGGGAAUUUAAUGGAACAUGCUAGAAAAAAUAAAAACCAACAAGAAAUUAAAAUCCAAGACGGAUGCAACGUUUUAAUGAUUGUGACAUUUUAAUGACAGUGUGAGUGUGGACCCAUACUGUGAAACCAGUUGCAGAAGUCCUAAUACAGUUGGUAAUUAGCCCUGCCUUAGUGUCCUUUGUGACCCCUGAUGCCCUGGCCUUCCACUGUGACCAUUCCGUCUUCCCACGGCUGCACCAGCACCACGGCUGGUGUCCACUCUGGUGCCAUCCCAUCACGCUGGUUUAGGGAGUUCAAGUAACGUAAACAAAGCCACCCAGCUAGUAAAUGGUGGUACUGGGACUCCAAGUCAGAUCUGUCUGAUGCUACAGCCAGGCUCUGCAUACCGCAUGUACUGCACAUGCGUGUUGAAAUACUGGAAUACAUUUGGCUGGGGACACUUUGGUGGGAGCUUCCUAGCGAGCCAACCCAUUUGCAGACUUCCCGGAGCACUUCCAAACAACCCCACCUUCUGUGGAACCCAGUUUGAAAACCCCGGAUUUGAGCUAAUGUGGGAUUUGACAAACUAAAAACCCUGAAGCCAAACCUGAUGUGCUGCCUAUUUUUGUUUUGUUUUGUUUGGAAGCAUUAUUUUUGUUUUUGAGACAGGGUCUGCCUAUGUAGUUCAGGCUGGACUUUAACUCACUGUGUAACCCAGCCUGGCCUCAAAUUUGUGGUGAUCCUCCUGCUUCAGCCUCUUGAGUGCUAGUGUCACAGACGUGUACCAUCAUGCCUGGCCAUUUGUUUGCUUCUGAGACAGAAUCUCACCGUGUAUUCCUGGACUUGCACUUCUCUCUUAGCCUCUUGAAUGUCAAGAUUGCAAGUGAGUGCUACUGCACCCAGCUCGACUCUAUUUUUUAACACACCAUCUCCAAGUUUUGAGCUGCUGGUUUCGAACUACUGCAGCAGAGUUGAAUGACUCCAAGAGACUGCAAGGCCAAAAUUAUUUAUUAUCUGGUCCUUCACAGAAAAAGUUUGCUAACCCCUGGGCUAAGGCAAACAUCCCUGGCCCAACCCUAGUGGGGCGAAUCGGGCCACACCCACCUACACUCAAAGGAUGGGAGUUAACUCCAGUGCUGGGGGGCAGGGCAGGGAGGCUCUGUGCCUGCUGACCCUUGCUUGACGUUCAAGGACUUCAGAUUCCAAACCAUAGUCUCCUGUAAUUCCAGUUACUCCAGCAGACUGGGGCAGACAGAGCACAGGUUUUGGGCCAGCCUAGCUGAUAUAGCAAGAUCCUGUCUCAAAAAUAAAAAUAAAUUAACUUGAAUAAGAUGCCAAGUUUUGAUUUUUUAGUGGCUCAUGACCUAUUGUUAUUUGCUACUUAGUUGAUGUAUGAAUUUGAUUCGAGUCAAAGUGAGAAGACUUUGAAUUGAACCAAGUUGAGAAGCUGAUGGCUGAGACUCUGGGGAGCAGGAGCCUUGGCUAGGGGUGAGCUCUGCUUGCUGUCCAGCAUCUGCUCAGUGUAGCUUUGUGCUCCCCACAUGUCAUUGGCCUCGUGGGCAGCAAGGAGUGCUGGUAGGUGGCUGGGGGUUCAGCAUACAGCAUGGAGAAAGCAAAGUGCCCAGCGUUGACUUCAGCAGCUCAAAUCUAACAAGUCCUCCUCGCACGCACUCUGAAAGCAAGAACAAAUUCUUUAUGAAAAAGGUCCUAGCCGGGCUUUGUCUGGCUUGGAAGCUGCUGAUCAAGUGAAAUCUAACACCAAUGAAAGUCAGAGUGGCAGUUUUCUUGUGCCUCUUGAGUGCUAGUCUGGGCAACAAGCACAUCCUCGAGAUGGAAUUGUGAAUCAGAAGAGUCUGGGAUCUGCCUCAGAAAAGGGGAGUGUGGAAGCUGUCCCACCCGAGGCUCCGGUGCUGUCACCUUUCCAUCAUGAUAGUUUUCUCCGCCAGGCCCAGACCUGGCCUCGGGGUCGAAUUCCAGCAUUCCAGGCAGCACCACCAGCUGGCUGGGGAAGGUCUGAGAGAUGGGUCCUGUUUGGCCACCCCGUCUUGACAUUGGGAAUUCUUUUCUGGAGGCGCCGGGUGUCCAUUCUCUGAUGCUGUGGUGCAACUCCAAGGAUGCCAGGAUCUCGCCUGCCUCUGGUGGAACAUAAAGGAGAGGGAGAGUGAAUGAAAUUCAUGGUUGGCAGCUUCUCUGGACGGAGUGGAUACCAGAGAAGGAGCGUGGAGUCUUGCAGUCUUGAAGGAACAUGGAAAAAACUCUCUUGCCAGUAGGUGGCACUGCAGGCCAGCACCCAGCUGUUGGCUCUGGUUAGUGUUUUGACUCACUUUUCUCUCCCAUGCUACUAGUGCUGUGCUGGUCGCUCCCUACUGAGUAGUUCCAGCAGCCAAAAAGGACCUCAGGUGCUCAGGAAAUGUUUGCUAAACAUACCUGUGCGAUGAGCUGACUGUGCUCACCGAUAACUACUGUGAUUGUGUAUAUAGAUGCACACAUGAGUGUGUACACCAGAAUUAAAAAUUGUGCAUGGAAAUGUA